AUGUUAUUUGAGCGGGGGCCUCUGGCCUCGGCGAUCGCAGAGCGGAGGAUGCAGAAAGCCGCCUACUACGACAACGCGGGGCUCUUCGGGGGCUACUCCUACAGCAAGGCCGACGCCUACCCCUACGGCGCGGCCCACCAGCCCUACGGCCAGGCCGGUCUGGACGGCGAGUACCCUGGCUCCGCCUGCUCCGUCCAGGGCUCGGCGCCCGGUCGCGCCCCAGCCCACAAGGGCAGCGAGCUGAGCAGCAGCUGUAUGCGGACGGCCGGGGGCGGCCCCGGGGGCAGCCAGCCCCCAAGCAUCGGCGAGCAGCAGCCCCCGGCGCUGCCGCCCUCAUCUCCGCCCAACCCCCCUCCCAGCGCGCCCCCUCCGAAAAAAAACAAAGGGGGCCCCAACUCCGUGGGCUCUGCCACCACCACACUCAGCAAGCAGAUAUUCCCCUGGAUGAAGGAGUCCCGGCAGAACUCCAAGCAGAAAAGCACCUGCGCCCCCUCAGGAGAGAGCUGCGAGGACAAGAGCCCCCCCGGGCCGGCCUCCAAGCGGGUGCGCACAGCUUACACUAGCGCGCAGCUGGUGGAGCUAGAGAAGGAGUUUCACUUCAACCGCUACCUGUGCCGGCCACGCCGGGUGGAGAUGGCCAACCUGCUCAACCUGACUGAGCGGCAGAUCAAGAUCUGGUUCCAGAACAGGCGGAUGAAGUACAAGAAGGACCAGAAAGCCAAAGGCAUCAUGCACUCCCCCGUCGGACAGUCCCCGGAUCGAAGCCCCCCGCUGAGCGGCCCAAACCACGUCGGCUACUCCAGCCAGCUCCCCAGCGUCAACAGCCUCGGCUAUGACGCGCCCUCGCCCACUUCUUUCGCCAAGUCCCAGCAGAGCAUGUACGGUCUGGCCGCCUACACGGCGCCGCUAAGCAGCUGCCUGCCGCAGCAGAAGCGCUACGCGGGCACGGAGUAUGACCCCCACCCCAUGCAGAGCGGCGGCGGAGGCUUCGCCAACCCUAGUCUGCAGGGCAGCCCCGUCUAUGUCGGGGGCAACUUCGUGGACUCAAUGCCGGCCUCGGGCCCCAUGUUCAACCUGGGGCACCUGCAGCACCCCUCCUCCGCCAGCGUGGACUACAGCUGCGCUGCGCAGAUCCCCGGCGGCCACCACCACGGACCUUGCGACCCCCACCCCACCUACACGGACCUCUCCUCUCACCACUCCUCUCAGGGACGGAUGCAAGAGGCGCCCAAGCUUACGCAUCUGUAG